AGGCUGAGAGCCGCCGGGACCUUCGCUGGUUCAGACCGCGGAAGAGCGAGCCGAGGUCGCCGCCAUGCUCGCGGCGGUGGGCUCCCUGGCGGCUGCCUUCUGGAUCGUUCUCCGUCCCCGCACUGUCCUGCUGGGGGCCGUCGCCUUUCUCUUCUUUGCUGAUUUCCUCAAAAGGCGGCGCCCGAAGAACUACCCGCCGGGGCCCCCGCGCCUGCCCUUCGUAGGCAACUUCUUCCAUCUGGACUUUGAGAAGGGGCACCUGUCGCUUCAGAGGUUUGUGAAGAAAUAUGGGAACCUUUUUAGCCUGGAAUUCGGUGACUUGCCUUCAGUUAUUAUAACUGGAUUGCCCUUAAUCAAAGAAGUCCUUGUCCACCAGGACCAAAACUUUGUGAACCGCCCUAUAACCCCUAUUCGAGAACGUGUUUUUAAGAAAAAUGGCUUGAUCAUGUCCAUAGGCCAGGUAUGGAAGGAACAAAGAAGGUUUGCCCUGACAACACUGAAGAACUUUGGUUUAGGAAGGAAGAGCUUAGAGGAGCGCAUUCAGGAAGAGACCCACUUCCUCAUCCAGGCAAUAGGAGAGGAGAACGGACAGCCUUUCGACCCUCACUUCAAAAUCAACAAUGCAGUUUCCAAUAUUAUUUGCUCCAUCACAUUUGGGGAGCGCUUUGACUACGAGGACAAUCAGUUCCAGGAGCUGCUGAGGCUGCUGGAUGAGGUCACAUGUCUCGAGACAUCAAUGUGGUGCCAGCUCUACAAUGUCUUUCCAAGGAUAAUGAAUUUCCUUCCUGGACCCCACCAAAUGCUCUUCAGGAACUGGGAGAAACUGAAAAUGUUUGUUGCCUGUGUGAUUGAAAACCACAAGAGAGGUUGGAAUCCUGCUGAAGCAAGAGACUUCAUUGAUGCUUACCUCAAGGAAAUAGAAAAGCAUAAGGGCAGUGCUACUUCAAGUUUCCACGAAGAAAACCUCAUCUACAGCACCCUGGACCUCUUCUUUGCUGGAACGGAGACAACUUCGACGACCCUGCGCUGGGGUCUGCUCUACAUGGCCCUCUACCCCGAAAUCCAAGAAAAAGUCCAAGCUGAGAUCGACAGGGUGCUUGGCCAAUCACAGCAGCCGAGCACGGCAGCUCGAGAGUCCAUGCCCUACACCAACGCUGUCAUCCACGAGGUGCAGAGAAUGGGAAACAUCAUCCCCAUGAAUGUGCCCAGAGAGGUGACAGUGGACACCACCCUGGGUGGAUACCACCUGCCCAAGGGGACCAUGGUCCUGACCAACCUGACUGCACUGCACAGGGACCCCACAGAGUGGGCCACCCCCGACAUGUUCAAUCCAGAGCAUUUUCUGGAGAAUGGACAGUUUAAGAAAAGGGAAGCCUUUCUGCCUUUCUCAGUAGGUAAGCGGAUGUGCCUUGGAGAACAGUUGGCGAGAACUGAGUUGUUUAUUUUCUUUACUUCCCUUGUGCAAAAAUUUACCUUCAGGCCUCCAAACAAUGAGAAGCUGAGUCUGAACUUCAGAAUGAGCCUGACCAUCUCUCCAGUCAGCCACCGCCUCUGUGCCGUUCCUCGGGCAUGAAGUUGUCGGGGAGGGAGAGGGAAAGGAAAGCAGGAAGAAUGGCCAUGUCCCCCCGAGGCAGGAGCACCUGCUCAGCAGUGAGGGAACAGCAUGCAGUGCCUCUGAGGACAGGUCAUAGGAACUGGACUCAGAGGAAACAGGAUCCAAACCCCAGCUUUGCCAUCUCCAGUGGAGCCUUGAGCAAAUCAGGUAUGUUGUGAGUGAUUUGCCUCUCCAGCCAGGAAAUGAAAAGAGAAUAGUGAUUCCUUCUCUAAAGGAAGAAUUGCUGUAAAAACCAGAGUGAUUUGGAAACCAUAAAGCACAUCAUAAAAGUCA